GAAGAGAGAUCCACCAACAAGGUCUAACAUCCGGUUUUUGCUUCUGAGAAGAUAACCCGCAUUACACCUGCUCAAGCGCUGUUUCGCUCGAGCAUUGCCUUGCGGACAUUCGUGAAGAGUGUGAUCAAUAGACUAGUACGGUUUUGAUUGGCAUUGCGCGCUAUCUGAAGCUUCCUACUUACUUAUUAUUAAUCUUCCAUCAAUUUCGUCUGCAAUUUCAACGGGUUGCAUGCUUUCAAGGCUUCUUCUCAAAACACAACCUUCGACUUGCCUUUCGGACAGUCGAAAAAUACGAGACCGGAAGUUACCCACAGGGCUAGUGAUGAGUGUGCAGCCCGUCUUGAAUCCUGCUCUAAAUAUACGCACGGCUGUGGCAAUUGAGGUUAUAUCGUAAAUGUAUCCACGAAUCGGAAAUCUCAAUUCAUUAUAGACUGGAGGAAAGACUCAAGAGUCUACAACUCGCAAAAGACAUUGAGCUACAACUUUUAAAUGGCGCAGCUUCCCAGCACUGAGGUUGCAUUGGUUGACUCACCGCUCACCAGGGAUGGAACAGUCGACUACCAUGGACAGACAGCGAACAAGCUGCGCACCGGUGGUUUCAAAAUCACUCCAGUCAUUUUGGGGGCCGAGUUCUCAGAGAGGGUUGCAGGCUUCGCAAUAUAUUCCAACAUUUUCAGCUACUUGUUCUACGAAAAGCAUUUAGAUUUUAAAUACGCAAUGAACAUGACCACAAAUUUCAUUGGCACGUCAUUUGUUUUAAGCCUGUUGGGAGGUUAUAUAGCAGACACUUAUUGGGGGCGCUUCCACACUAUUUUCAUCUCGGGAUUCAUCCAAUGUGUGGGCUAUGGCAUUCUCAUCGUCAGCGCGUCACUAGACAAGUUCCAGUGUUUAGAUCCUGAAACCUGCUCUGCAGCAGAAGGAACAAAUCUAGCUACAAUUUAUGUAGGCCUUUACGUCAUUGCUCUGGGCAUUGGCGGCGUCAAAUCAAGCGUGUCAGCUUUUGGUGCGGAUCAAUUCGAUCGAGAGGAUUCCAGAGAAGCUGCGCAGCUAUCAACCUACUUCAACUGGUUUUAUUUCUUCAUUAUGAUGGGGGCAUUGAUGUCGGUAAUUGUAGUGUACAUUCAAGAUAAAAAUUGGUCGUGGGGAUUCGGCACACAGCUCAUGAUCGUGUACCUGUUUGUAGUUAUCUUUGUUGCCUUAAGAACAUUCUACAGGUAUAAAAUCCCUCAAGGGAGUCCGCUGUCUACUUUGGGCAGAGUCUUCGUAAGUGCAGUCCAUAGGCGUAAUCUGCCGCACCCAGUUGACAAUUCUGGGUUCUUUUUCGAAACUCGUCAGCAAUCGUUGGAAAUCGUACAGACUCAGAACAUGAGGUGGCUUGACAAGGCAGCAAUCUUACAAGAAAGAGAUACCACGCAUGGACCGCAGAGGCUCGCCUCGGUAGCAGAGGUGGAAGAUACCAAGCUCAUGAUACGUCUUCUUCCCAUUGCAGCAACGACAUGGUUUUUUUGGACUGUGCAAGCGCAGUUUGCAACCAUUACAAUAAGUCAAGCUUGGACAAGCAACAGGCAUUUAGGACCACAUUUUACAGUGCCACCGGCCGUCGUCGGUGUGAUGCAAACAAUAUUUGUUCUGAUCUCUGUGCCAAUAUAUGACAGAGUAUUCGUACCUUUUGCCAGACGAUUCACGGGAAAUCCGACCGGCAUUACUAACCUACAGAGAUUAGGACUGGGGCUAGUUACUCCCAUUCUAGCAAUGACAUGCGCUGCACUCGUCGAACGGAGAAGACUCGGUGUAGUCCACGAGAAAAACAUGGAUUUACACCCUAGAACUCCUAUAGAAUCGUUCUCCAUGUUCUGGUUCACCCCACAGAAUUUUUUCAUGGGACUCGGAGAAGCUCUGAUGUAUCCUGGCCAGAUCAAUUUCUUCUACACUGAGGCUCCUAAAAGUAUGCAGUCGCUGGGCACUUCGAUGACCCUGAGCACUCUAGGGAUCGGAUAUUUCGGCAGCAGUGCUAUUGCCUCAGCAGUUCACAGAGCUACCUCAACUUCAUCCUCUUCCGGCUGGUUCCAGAACAACGUGAACGAGAGUCGCCUGGACUACUAUUACUGGGCUCUGGCUGUUCUUGCAGUAGUGAAUCUCGUAGCCUUCCUGAUGGUGUCGCGGUUAAACAUGUACAAGCGGACCAACUCAGUAGACACCUCUAGAUCACUCGACGAAGAACAACAAUAGAAAGCAUGGGGAUCUGGCUUGCUUCUGAUGAUUAUACCUCACAUUGAGGAUUUUUUGUCAUCAGAAGACAUUUCAGCACCAUAGAUUAUCUCUUUUUCCAGGUCCCAGGUCUUUCUAUUCCAACACACUAGCACAUCCAGAAAGCUUCUUAGUCUUGUAUCUAUACGAAAUCUAGCUGUACAAAUUACGAAGAGACUUUCAGCAAUGGCAAAAAAUAUG